UAUACAGGUAAACACCUGACCAGAUUCAAUGAACCACAAUACAGUUCGCGAAGUCCCGCAAAUCUGACCAUCAUGUCCACCAUGUAUCACGCCUCCACGUCCUAAAGUCUAAUCUCUCCCUCCUUAAAACCCUCACUGCCACCACCGUCCACCAGAUCAAUAUCGGUAUAAAAAUGGCAUUCACAGAGUUCAGGCCACUGGACGAGAAAUAUGUAGUGGAGUACAUUAAGGCCACUCCUGCUUUGUCAGAUAAGAUCGGCAACAAUUUCGACGACUUGAAGAUCAAAGAAGUAGGCGAUGGAAAUCUCAAUUUCGUCUACAUCGUUGUUAGCCCAGCUGGUUCUUUUGUCAUCAAGCAGGCAAUUCCAUACAUACGCUGUAUUGGAGAAUCAUGGCCAAUGACUAAGGAAAGAGCAUACUUUGAGGCAUUGACACUUAGAGAGCAUGGCCGAUUGAGCCCUGAAAAUGUGCCUGAAGUUUAUCAUUUUGACCGUAUUAUGUCUGUGAUUGGUAUGCGAUAUUUGGAGCCCCCACAUAUAAUCCUGAGAAAAGGGUUGGUUGCUGGAAUUGAGUAUCCAUUGCUAGCAGAACACAUAUCGGAUUAUAUGGCAAAGACUCUUUACCACACAUCGCUUCUUUAUCAUACUACCACUGAGCAUAAACACAACGUUGCUGAAUUCUGUGGGAACGUGGAGUUAUGCAGGCUUACUGAACAGGUUGUUUUCUCUGACCCUUACAAAGUAUCCGAAUAUAACCGCUGGACUUCCCCUUAUCUUGAUCGUGAUGCUGAGGCUGUCCGUGAAGAUAAUAUUUUAAAGCUUGAAGUUGCUGAGUUGAAAUCCAAGUUUUGUGAGAGAGCCCAAGCCUUAGUACAUGGAGAUCUCCACACUGGAUCCGUCAUGGUUACCCAUGAAUCUACUCAAGUUAUAGAUCCAGAAUUUGCAUUUUAUGGUCCCAUGGGUUUUGAUAUUGGAGCUUUUAUUGGAAACUUGAUAUUGGCUUUUUAUGCUCAAGAUGGACACGCUGAUCAAGGGAAUGACCGAAAAACAUAUAAAGAGUGGAUUUUGAGGACAAUUAAAGAGACCUGGAGUCUUUUCUACAAGAAGUUCACUGCACUGUGGGACGAGCACAAGGAUGGCUCUGGUGAGGCAUAUCUUCCAGGAAUUUAUAAUAACCCUGAGCUUCAUCAGCUUGUACAGAGAAAAUUCAUGCAAGACUUGUUCCAUGACACCUUGGGAUUUGGUGCGGCCAAAAUGAUAAGGAGAAUUGUUGGUGUAGCUCAUGUGGAGGAUUUUGAAUCAAUUCCUGAUGCUAGCAAACGAGCCCAAUGUGAGCGGCCGGCUCUUGACCUGGCGAAGAUGCUUCUCAAGGAAAGGCGAAAAUUCCAGUCCAUAGAUGAAGUUGUAUCAGCCAUUCAGCAACUGCAGUGAUGACAUACUUGGGGGUAAAAAUUUGCUCCAAAUGUUGGAGCUUUGUGUAACCUAUCUUCACAUUUUCCUCGUAGCAAAACUUCUUAAACGGUAAACUUAUCAGACUGUCAGUUUCCUCUUGAAAGAUGGAAAUAAAUAUCUAAUGUUUUUGUCC